AUGUGGUUAGAUUUAGUGUCCACCACACCUUACUUUGAGAUAACGUUUGUUUUACAGUACAGAUUAACAAAUAUGAAUAUUGCAAAAUAUGUGCAUAGUGAAAAUUCGGAAACAAGUACGUCACAUGGUACGGAUAAAUAUCACACCAUGUUUAUAAACUGCAUUCAAAAGCAUCAGGCACUCAUUGCAUAUUGUGAUAAGCUUGAAGAAGUAUUUAGUUCGUUUUCAUUGGGGCAGUUACUGGUCUUCAGUUCGUUAAUCUGCCUUGACGGAUAUCAAGUACUUAUGGCGAAUGCACCAAUUGCAAGACGUCUUAUUUUCAUAUUUCAUAUAAUAGGCUGUACAGCUCAGUUGUUAAUGUUCACGUAUAGCUGUGAUUGUUUAAUACAAGACAGUAAGAAUGUUUCUUCUGCAAUGUACGCAAGUCCGUGGCCCCGUUUGUCAAUGGAUAAGAAUGGAAAAACGAUACGAAAAGACUUGAUACUUAUGAUGUUACGAUCCAAAAUACCUUGCUGCCUGACAGCUCGUAAAUUCUGUGUUGUAUCUCUGGAAACAUACACUGGGGUAAUUGAUAUACCCUGCUUUCUAUUAAAUAAAUUGUUACUAGCUCAAAUACUUCAUACAAUGUUUACAACGACAUUGAAUUAA